CAUCAUUAAAUACAUUUUGUCAUAAUGGAUCAUAAUACCGAAUGUAAUCAUGCAAACUGUUCUAUAAAAAAUGCCAAUAAAUCUGUUUGUCAGACUAUUUCUGAAAUGGAUUGGGAAAGAGGAUUGUGGAAUGCAGCUUUUAGUGGGGAUGAAGAGAAAGUUAGCAUAUUAAUUAAUAAAGCAAGGGAUGCCAGAGAAAUUGUUAACACGGUAGACAAUGCUGGCUACAGUCCACUACAUUAUGCAGCCCGCGGUGGACAUGUCAAUAUUUGUGACAUGUUGUUAAAAAAUGGAGCACUUAUAGAUGCUGAAACUAGAAGUGGUAAAGCAACACCUUUACAUAAAGCUGCAGCGGCAGGAAAAUUAACAACAGUAAAUUUUCUUAUAAGAAAUGGGGCCUGUGUUGACAAACAAGAUAUUGAUGGACAGACGGCACUUCAUAAAGCUAUCCAGAACAAAAGAUAUGACCUUAUUAAAACAUUAACAGAUGCUUGCCCUCAUAUAACUAACAUACAAGAUAAUAAAGGUAAUUUACCAAAAUAUCCUUUAGGUUAAAACACUGAUAUGAGAAGUAAAACUAAGGGGAAAGAAAGUGAAUAAUUAUAUAAAAUUUUUAGUCAUGCAUUCAUUCAACUGUAUAAAAUUUGUAAUUUCUUAAUACUUACGUCUUCUGGAAACUACUAAAGUUUCAUCUUAAAUCCCAUAUUCCCUAUAGAUAUUUAUAGUUAUCAAUAAUAAUACGUAAAAAUAUGAAGAUUUGCUUUAUGUAGUUUGUUUUAAUCAAAAAUAUAGGAACCCAUAAUAUUCUUUAAUUUAAAUAAGUCUGCAUUGCUAGUUUUAUUA